CGUGACGUCUUUAUAUUUAUUUCCUUCUAUGUUUAUUUCUUUGCAUUUAUUAUUUUAUGGUUAUCCUGAUCUUGUUUUAAUAAAUAUUUAUUGUUCUAGACAUUCACAGUUUAAUCGAGUACCAAGAAUCAAACUGUGGGUACUAAAGUAUGUUUCAAAUUUGUUUAAGUGAAUGUAUUUAUAAAAGAGUGGUUUUAGUAUUUGAUUUUAUAAUCUUUUUGCUCAUUGUGAAGGGUCUGUAAAUCCGUUCUGGGUAAUACCCCGUUCUGUUCAUAGGUUCUGCGUAUGUAUGUAAUUGUUUGCCUUCCUGUCAUAGUCCUGUAUAUUCUGGAUACCAAAAUUUAGUAAAGAAUGUAUUAAGUUAUUGGAUAUAGGUAUGAAUAAAUAAAUGGUUGCAAUAAGCCUAAAUAUAAACAUUUCUACAUAUUUUUGAAACUGUUAAAUUGUUGACAAAGGCGAAAAAGAAAUCUUAACUUAAUGCUUCAUUUACACUAUCCGGUAAUAACGGAAGCAACAUAUUUUCUAUCAUAUUGGAAAUAAAGGUUUUGGUGCUAGUACAAUACCAAUAAUUAAUACAGAAUGAAAUAUUUGUGCCACCCUUGUGUAUGAAGAUAACUACCCCUAAAGUUUAGAUUUAGUGGUUUGUUGUUUCGACUAUAUAUUUUUAAAUUUAAUCUAAAUUAAGAAAAAUGGUGGGGCCUUCUUCACAAAUUAGCAAAUUUCUUUUAUUACUUCUUAUGUUGAUUCUAAUUUAUUAUACAAUGAUGGAUUUUUAUUUGUAUAUCCGCAUAAAAAACUAUCCUAUUAAUAGAAUAGCCCAAAGAGAAAACAUGACUGAUGUGAAAUACAGUGAUGUUACAUGGAUAAAUUGUAAUAUAAACCCCCUUUGCGAAGUUACAGUCAAAGCUCUUCUGCUAGAUCAUACAAAUUAUUAUUUAUUUGCACCACUGGUAACUAUAGCUGAUAAUGGUUUAAAUAUUUCUUCUAUCAGCUUUAUAACUCCAAAUGCUAUUAGUUAUUUUCAUGUAUUAAUAGCUGUAAUCAGUGCAAAAUGUGUGUCUAGCGACAAUUUGCCAUAUAGACGAAUAGGUGUUGUACUUUUUGAGCUGCGUACAUGGUUAGAUGACCUAGAUGGACAUGUCGCUCGUGUGCGGAAGCACAUAAAAGGCGAACAUUCAGAAAUAGGUACCGCUGGAUAUUAUAUUGAUGGUAUAUGUGAUGCUAUAGGGUGUACAGCUCUUAUACUAGGAAUAUUAAUAUUCUUUAAAAAUAACCCACCUCGUAGAGGGUACAUGCAAUUACCUACUUCUAACGAAACCAAAGAGAAUACAUACUGUACUAAAGUUGCUAUGAAGAAAGUUUAUAAAAAACUUGGUUGUUUUACCUUACAGUUAAUUAUAAGUUCUACAGCUUGGAAUCGGUAUAUUGCUCUCUAUCAAGAUUUGUUAGAAAGAGAUAAUGUAAAUGACGUUGAAUUUACUAAACAAAAGAUUGUAAUAACUAGUUCAUUUUUUUAUACGGUUUGUUGGUUAUGGCGGAUAGUAAAUAUUCACAAUAUGCUGCACUGUCUACUUUUAGCAAUUUUUUGUGAUAAGUUAUGGGAGUUCUUAUGUUAUGUACAAUAUAUUGGUUAUGGAUUGUUAUUUUCCUUAGUAUGUAUUACAGAAGUUCACUUUAUUGAUGCUAAAAGCUAUAUUUUUAAUAGAUUAACUGAUGUUGAAGAAGGAAUGUUGAAAAUUCAGUAAUUUCAAAAAUAUGGUGUUAUAGUAAAUUUAACUGUGUUAAAACUACUAUGUACUUUGUGUCACUACUAAAUACUCGAUCAUAUAUCAGUCUAACUGUUAUUACUUUAACUACAUAUUGGAUUCAAACAAUUAUUGUAGAGAUUGUUCUGGGCACAUAUACUCAAAGUGGUUUGCUAUGACCUUAUUUAAAGUGGCAUUAUUUAAAGCAUCGUGCUGGGCCACUCUACUUAGAUAAAUACAUUUUUUUAUUUAGAUUAAUAAAGGGAUCCUAUCAACUGAAGAUCGAACACGGUUAUUUGGGUCAGCAGCAAACACACUUGCCACUUAGCCAUAACUGGCCAGUCAAUCACAUUUGUACCUUUUUAAUUGCCUAUCAUUAACAAAGUUCAAAGGUAAGUCCUUGCUAUCAUUUUUUACAGUUCCACGAACAAAUCAUAUUGGACGGUAGAUUUUAGAAUUUCAAUGUAAUUAAAAAUAUAUAUCGAAAUAUACGUGUAUAUAUAUAUAUAGUGGUAUUGUCCUAUAGUUGUCUAGAUCUUAAAGCAUCCUACAAUCCCCAGUCCUCAGGGCUCUCUUCCUGAGUACGUAAGUCCAAUGUAUCCUCACUUCCCUUGUUUUUUAUAUUCUUAGUUUUCUUUUUUUGCUUUGUAAAAUACACAUUUUUGUAUUGUUAAACGUAACGUAGUUUAUGUUCACUGUUUCAGUUAAUAAUAUAGAGUAUAGAAAAGAAA